AUGGGAUUCAUGAAUCGAAAUAGGAUUGAUAGAAAAGAAGGGAAAGUUAAUGUGUAUCUGAACAUACCAGAUAACUUCAUAUAUGACAUAAACGAAGUGGUGGUUGAGUAUGAUGAGGUGCAUAACAAGGUCAGGGUAAUGAGCAAGAUGAUACCUUCAGUCAUAAGAAACAACAUGGAAGCAUAUUUCAAAGGAGACAUUGAGAAGUACGUGAAGCUUUUGGAAUGUAGUCUUGAAACUUUUUUCAGGGGAGAAUGUCCUGAGAUACACGAAGAUUCAGGUAAUGGUGAUGAUGUUGUAAUGAGGCCAUUUGAACUGCCAAGGAGCCAUCGCUUUGUAAUGAAUCGAAAUGUCGUACCAAAUGUAAAGGUUGAAUUUGAUAAGAGCAUGAGCUUUGUGGUAUGCGAAAGACUCAAUGUUCAGAUUGAAUGCAAUAGAUGCAAAAGGAAGGUUAGAACACAUGAAUCGAUGGAUUGUCCUGGAUGCAUGAAGAGAUUAGAUGUGCUAUACAUUCCCACACUUUCGAUUGAUUUUCUAGGGUUUCUAAAGCUAGGAGGAUGCAGCCUGAUAUUGCUUGAUACAAGCAAAUACCAAUUUAGCUGUGAUAAUUGCCAGAUGAAUUAUGAAACUAACGAGCUAGGAGUUGGUGAUGUGUUUAGCAUGAAAUGCUAUGAAUGUUUUUCAAACAUGCGCAUAAAGGUUAUGCAGAUGAUGCUGAUUGAGAAGAAUAAAGGUGAGAUCAUAAAGCCUGGGCAUCCUCUUCCAAAUGCUGGUGCAUGCAAGCAUUACAAGAAAUCGUACAGGUGGUUCCGGUUUCCAUGCUGUAACGCGCUGUAUCCAUGUGAUAUAUGUCAUGAUGAAGACAAUCAGCACGUCCAUGAGAUGGCAAACAAGAUGGUGUGCGGGCUAUGCUCUAAGGAGCAGGGUGUUACUAAAGAGUGUGCUUGCGGAAUGAAAAUGAACAGAUCAACCACUUUCUGGGAGGGUGGAAAGGGAAGCAGAAACAAAACCACAAUGAGUAAGAAGGACAACAAGAAGUAUAGUAAGUAA